UCCAUAGGCACCAAACCAAAGCAAACCAAAGCUCGCCAGCUGCGGUCAGAGAGACAAACAGCAAGUAGUGCUCGAAACAAUGUUUCGAUCCGGGAUCGCCUGGCUGAAGCUCCAGACAAAGCUGAGCAUCGCCAUCUUUUCCCUGCAAUGCCUGCUCAUAAAUUCCAUUCUCCUGUUCUUCACGCUGAAAGACAAGGUGCUCCUGGAAUUCGACAUCGAACAGCAGCCGCUCCUCCUGUACGUGAUAACUCUCGUGGUCCGCUUCCUCGCCGGCGUAGUGACUGACGUGGGCCUCCUCAUCGGCGUGUACUUCAGCAUGAAGGCUCUCAUAAUCGUGAACGUUGUCUGGAAAGGGACCGGUGCCAUCUUCGACAUCGUGCACGGCGCAACCUUCUUGCCUCAUGUGUAUCAACAAUUCCGCCAGCUGAUAGAUCACAUCUUCAGCAAUGAAGGCCUCUCAAGCGCUGGGUACGAAGACACGCUAGCCUGUACGCUGUACCUCUCUCUUGCCCUACUGAUGGGCUACGGGACGUACAGGAUCAAUCUUUACUACAGGGGACUGUACAUGGAGGAUGCCAGGAUGACAACGGUAGAUGUCGCAGCUUCCCGUAUCAUUUCCAGUGUGUCUAAUUCUGACAACAGACACAAAAUAAUUUAAAUAAACAUUUAUUUUCAUCUUCUGGAAAAAACAA